CGAGUGGUCAAUAGGUAACCAGACUUCCAUUGUGGGCGUGAUUUUGUUUUCUUCCGGAAAUGGCUGCUCCCGAUCUCCCGACAGAAUAUGACGAAAUCGUGCUCGGAACAGGAUUACAGGAGAGCAUAUUGGCAGCUGCACUAGCAAGAAUUGGACACAGGGUUCUUCAUCUCGAUAGAAAUGACUACUAUAGCGGUGACUGGGCAACUUUCCAUCUACGGAGCCUUCAAGAAUGGAUAGACAAACACAAAAACCCAGAGGAAUCUGAUGUAGUACGGUCAAGUUCUUUAGAUGAACAGGAGCCAGAGGAUCAGGUUGCCCCAGACACCAGUCAGCUGGGGGAGGGAGAACACUUCCUAGAACUUCCACAAAAUCCAAAUACAGUGAGGGGGAUAGAGGUCACAUGCUAUGUGAGACAAGGUGUUGAGCUACCCAGCCUUGAGAGGGUGAUAGUACCCCCUCGCUUGUCAACCUCAGACGAAGAGCCACAGCGACUGGGUGCAGAGGGGCAGGACCCUUCCCAGAAUGCACCAGAGGCCGAUGCCUCAACUGAUGACACCCAUGCAGCAGCUGACCAAUCACAAGCAGAGGGCGAAGACCCAGAAAAUGAGGCACUCCAGAACUCGGCCAAUGAGGACCGAGAGUCCUCGAGUGCCGCAUCCCCCUCCAUCUCAGUCGACCAAUCAGAAACUGUUGAUGGAGCAGCUGGCGGGCUGACGUCAUCUGAACAGGUCGAGGGUCAGAGUUCACAGGGAGAAGGCCAAAGCUCAUGUGAACCAGCUUCAGAUGAACACUCGGAGCAAGAACCUGAAUCUGUUGGGGAACAGGAGCAGGAGUCUCCAGCACAAGAAGUUGAAGGUCAAGGGGCAAGCAAUCAGGGGUCAGUCGAUGAAGGUCAAAGUUCAAGUAGAACUGAACGUGGGAGACGAGACUGGACAUGGGCAGAAAUCAACCAGUUGUGGAGAAAGUUCAACAUUGACUUGGCACCGAAGCUGAUGUUUUGCCGUGGUUCCAUGGUUGAGCUGUUGGUGUCUUCAAGAAUCAGCAGAUAUGCAGAAUUCAAGGCAGUCACCAGGAUACUCUCAGUCAUCAAGGACAAACUGGAGCUGGUUCCCUGUUCCAGAUCGGAUGUGUUCAGCAGCAAGUACGUGAGCGUGUUGGAGAAACGAAUGCUGAUGCGUCUGAUUGAGUUCUGCCUUCACUACCAGGAUAGAUUAGAGGAUUUUGAAGAGUUCCGGGACAGACCCUUUGAGGAGUUUCUGAAGGCCAGGAAGCUGACACCAACUCUGCAGCACUUUGUGAUGCACUCCAUCGCUAUGGUAACCGCAUCAACUCCAACAGAAGAGGCUCUCAAAUCAAUGCAGUUCUUCCUCCGUUCCCUUGGUCGCUAUGGCAACACAGCCUUUCUAUGGACGCUGUACGGCAGCGGGGAACUACCCCAGUGUUUUUGCAGAAUGUGUGCAGUGUUUGCGGGUAUCUACAUGUUAAGAACCAACCUAAAGAAACUCAUUGUGGACGAAAACAAUGUGUGCAAAGGUGGCAUAGACUCCGAUGGGAGAAGAUUAACAUGCAACAACUUGAUAAUGGAGACUAGCUAUGCUCCCCAACAAGCUGCAAACACAACACUAGGGACUGUUUCCCGAGGUAUCCUUCUAACAGACAGGUCUCUGAAGCCAACAGAUAAUGAAGAGAUAACGCUGUUGACUGUACCGCCUCCACCCGGCCAGAAUAACCCGAUCAGAGUAUUGGAGCUGGGAGCCGGAUCAUGUGCCUGCCCCAGAGACAUGUUUGUUGUUCAUCUGACGUGUGCUGGGACAGGACAGGCAAGAGCAGAUCUACAAAACGCAUUGGACGAUUUGUUCCAACCUUUGGACACAGAGGAGGCUGACCAAGUUAGCACAAAACCGAAAGUCCUAUGGUCCCUGUUUUUCAGCCAAGUAGACUCGUCGGUGUGUGAGGACACAGCCCUUGCUGCUGGCCUGCCCAGUAACGUUCUGGUGACUGCUGGGCCAGGAACCUCAGUGGGAUUCGAACACGCUGUCACACAGGCCAAGAGGCUGUUUGAGAGACUGUGUCCCGGGGAGGAUUUCCUGCCGGCUGCCCCAGAGCCUGAAGACAUCAUCUUUGAAGAUCAGUCCAAGGACAACCCAGGAGAACACAAAGAGGUCGGAUUUGAGGCGAGCUCAACUUCCGAAGAGCCUGAGAAGCAAGAAGGGGAAGGGAUGGACCAAGCAGCAUCCAAGACCUCCCUGGAGACAGAUGGAGCAAGCAAGGAGGCGGGAGUCGCAGAUGCUGAAGGGAACGCAUCUAAGACAGAUCAGGAACAAUCUGAAGACAAUGCCAGUUCAGGAAUGUAACAAGGUAGACCACUAAAUGCAUAGGUUGGCUUGCCUUGAUUAUUUCUGCAAAAUUAUGUAAAAAAGUAUUCAAUAUAUGAAAUUUAUUUGCCUUUGUCUGAUCUUGAUAGGUUUUCUGAGUGGGUCUCUUGGAUGGGCAUUGUUACACGCAUUUGCAAAGCAUUGAAUGUUGCAGUUAUGUUAUGACCAAAGAUAAUUUUUUUUGUAAUGUUCAGAUAAAUUAAUAAUAAACUUAAUAAGUUAAACUUUCAAAACCAUUUUUUUUUAUAUCAGGAAUUCAUAGUAAUUUUUUCUUGUGUAAAGUCUCCUGUUAGGAAUGGCUUUGCUACACUCAAAUGUUGAUGUGCUGAAUGUAAAACAAAGCCUUGAUAAUUGCUAUCAUCAAGCUCCUCUUCAAAAAAACCCCACAUUUUUGGAUGUAAUUUUUGACAAGUUAUAAAGAAUUGUGUGACAGAAUCUAGAGAAAGAAGUGCAAUAUUGGAAUCAGCUCAGAUGAAAAGAAGUGAAAUAUAGUUGCUGUCCCAUAUUUUUGGGGUACAAAUAAAUUUGAGAAAGUAAUCAUUUCUUUGGCAUUUUUGAGGAAUUUUGGCUUAGUUAUUAGAAUUUUUUUUUGUUUACAGACCAGGGCCCAUUUUUAUGGCUCUGCAGACCACACAGUUCUGUGCUUAUGAUCGCCAUUUUGUGCUAACUGUGAUUGCAGAACGAUUCUGUGCUAACCCUGUAAGCACCGAAUCCUUUAGUUACGGGAUGUAGGCAUGCGCAGAAGUCAAAAUUCCUGGCUAACCCGUGAAAUACGCUUGCCUUAAGCACGGAAUUUUCUGCUACAGUGAAGCAGGGAUUUGUUGCUAACGGUAAGAGCCAUAAAAUUGGGCCCUGAUUCAAGUCCAUUUGCGAACUUUAAGCAUCAAUUUGGUACAUUUGUAUUUAUUUAACUGAAAUUAUUGUCGACUCUUAUGUACUUGUUUAGCAUUGGGCAUACGUUUACCCCAUGUACAUUGAGAUAUUAGUCUUGUUUGUGUUGUGUAUGUCUAUUUUUCUCAUUAAGUUUAAUUUGUUUACAAUAUGCUGAAAAGGGCUUGGUUGGUGUCUUGUUUUAUGCUGUAUUGUUUUCCUAACCACAGUUUCCAAUUAUGCUGAAAGAAAACACCGGCAGAUUUCAAGAAUAAAUGAUAUUCCAGAAAAGAUGAUUUAAUGUUGAGUGCAACACUGAAGGCAUGCAACAGACUUCAAACAUGAAAUGUAAACUGCGAAGACAGAUUUUUUGGACGUCUAAAACGUAUUCCUAGUUUCACUGUGAAGUUGUCUGAUACUUGACAAUGCAUAAACUCUUCAAACAAAGCGACGGCAUUUCUUGACCCUUAAACACGCGCGAUUCUUGGCCUCAGUCUUACAGCAAAUGCCAUGACUUCCCCGAUCAGAUAUUUCUGAUAUCUUAGGGGCUGGAAUUUGAAGAUCCAGCUGCCCAGCUUGAAGUGUCUGAUUAGAAAUGAUUGAUUAGAAAUCAAAGUCUGAUCUUAAAAUCUUGUUGUCUUUUUUGGGGUGGAACAUACAGUUUGCUUUGGGAUUUGAAUGUAUGAAACUCAAGCUUGUUUCAAUUCAAUACACAUAUGCUGAACUCGGGUUCAGCUUCUGUAGGUACUAUAACUGUUUUAUAGCCCUACCCCUUUCUCGUUCGCUUUUAAGUUUCUUGAAAGGUUUUCAAAGAUGCAUGAAUUGCUGCAUCACAAUCUUCAAUUCAUGUCCAGUUUCUUCGUGCGUUUGCUUCUCCUCAUACACAUUUUAAGUUUCUUGAAAGGUUUCCAAAGAUGCACAAAUUGCUGCAUCACAAUCUUCAAUUCAAGUCCAGCCUCUUCGUUUGUCUCCAUCUCCUCAUUUGCUUUUUAAGUUCCUUGAAAGGUUUCAAAGAUGCAUAUAUUGCUGCAACACAAUCUUUCAUUCAAGUCCAGUUUCUUCGUGCGUUUGCAUCUCCUCAUACGCAUUUUAAGUUUCUUGAAAGGUUUUCAAAGAGGCAUAAGUUGCUGUAUGACAAUCUUCAAUUCAAGUCCAGCUUCUACGGUUGUCUGUAUCUCCUCGUUUGCGUUUUAAGUUUCUUGAAUGGUUUCUCAAAAAUGCAUAAAUUGCUGCAUCACAAUCUUCAAUUCAUGUCCAGCUUCUUCGUGUGUCUGUAUCUCCUUGUUUGCUUUUUAAGUUCCUUGAAUGGUUUUGCAAAGAUGCACAAAUUGCUGCAUCACAAUCUUCAAUUCAAGUCCAGCUUCUUCAUGUGUCUCUAUCUCCUCGUUUCCUUGAAAGGUUUUUCAAAGAUGCAUAAAUUCAAGUCCAGCCUCCAUGGGUGUUUGCUUCUCCUCGUUUGCUUUUUAAGUUCCUUGAAAGGUUUUUCAAAGAUGCACAAAUUGCUGUUUCACAAUCUUCAAAUCAAGUCCAGUCUCCAGUGGUGUUUGCUUCUCCUCGAUCGCUUUUUAAGUUUCUUGAAAGGUUUUUCAAAGAUGCACAAAUUGCUGCAUCACUAUCUUCAAUUCAAGUCCAGCUCCUUCGGGUGUUUGCAUCUCCUUGUCCGCUGUUUUAAGUUUCUCAAAAGAUUUUUCAAAGAUGUACAAAUUGCUGCAUCAAAAUCUUCAAUUCAAGUCUUUCCUCUACAGGUGUCUGUAUCUCCUCAUCUGCUUUUUACGUUUGUUGAAAGAUAUUUUAAAGAUGCAUAAAUUGCUGCAUCACAGUCUACAAUUCAAGGAGACUCUGGAGACUUUAGGAGACUCAGCUCCUUUUUUUCAUAGUGUCUGCAAAUAUUUGGCAGGAGAUACUGCAUGAUAGCCUUCAAUUCUUGUCCAGGGUUGCAAUGGAAUUGGUUACAGUGUCAGGCAAGAGCAAUUCUAUUUCUUCACACCUUGAGAAACCAUUUGUUUGUGAAAUUUCUGGUUAAACGUUUGAGAAUAUUUAUAUUUGAGACUUCAAUGACAGUAUCUCAUCUGUAAAUUAACCGCGUGGGUAUCCAUGCAUUGUCAUCGUUGAGGCGUGCCUCACUGGCUGGGUAACAAGCCUUAAACCCUCUUGACCACUUGACGUCCUGAUUUGAUCAUCAUGGAUUGUCCUGUCCUCCAUGCCUAGUGGUUCUGGGCUCAAACUCUCUUGCUUGUAAAAUCUUUUCAUAAUAAUUCAUUCUUGGAAUGUGCUUUCCUCAUUGAAGCAGAGUUAAUAUAUAUAUUUUGAAUCGCUGUCUUUUAAACCUUCGUACGACUCUUUGAACUUCAUCAUGCCUUCUUUUGGCAAAAUCUUUUUGUAUUCUUCUGAAUUUCCCCUUUUGUUUAAUACUACAUAGAUUUAUAUUGGCAGCUAUCCCUACAUGGUACAGGGACCUGAGAAACAGAUUCAUAGGCUGAGCACUUGUAGUUCUUUCAGUCUUUACAGUUUGAGCAGCUGUAAUUUGGCAAAAUAAAAGUUCUUUUUCUUCACAAUUUGAGAAACCAUUUGCUUGUGAGAUUUGUGGGCACAACUUCCAGAAUAAAACUAUUUGACACCUCAACACAGUCUUAAAAGAGCACAAAGGCAAUAUCUGGUCUUUAAACCUUCUUAACCGCAUGGGUCUCCAUGCAUUGCCAUUGUUCAGGCCUGCCUUCUAUGCAAGGUAUUCCCAGAUGUCUGAAAUGCUCUUGACUUCUUGACGCCAUGAUUCAAUCGUCAUGGAUAGUCCUGUCAUCCAUGCCUAGUGGCUCUAGGCCCAAACACUGUUUCUGCAGGUAUUUGGGGGUAGAUAAGUCGUAUGACAAUCUCCAAUUCAAGUCCAGUUUCUAGGAGACUAAGCUCCUCCUCUUCACUCACAGUUUCUGCAGGUAUUUGGCGGUAGAUAAGUUGAAUGACAGACUCCAAUUCAAGUCCAGUUUCUAGGAGACUAAGCUCCUCCUCUUCGCUCACAGUUUCUGCAGGUAUUUGGGGGUAGAUAAGUUGUAUGACAGACUCCAAUUCAAGUUCAGUUUCUAGGAGACUAAGCUCCUCCUCUUUGCUCACAGUUUCUGCAGGUAUUUGGGGGUAGAUAAGUUGUAUAAACAGACUCCAAUUCAAGUCCAGUUUCUAGGAGACUAAGCUCCUCCUCUUCUUUCACAGUUUCUGCAGGUAUUUGGGGGUAGAUAAGUUGUAUGACAGACUCCAAUUCAAGUUCAGUUUCUAGGAGACUAAGCUCCUCCUCUUCUUUCACAGUUUCUGCAGGUAUUUGGGGGUAGAUAAGUUGUAUGACAGACUCCAAUUCAAGUUCAGUUUCUAGGAGACUAAGCUCCUCCUCUUCUUUCACAGUUUCUGCAGGUAUUUGGCGGUAGAUAAGUUGUAUGACAGACUCCAAUUCAAGUUCAGUUUCUAGGAGACUAAGCUCCUCCUCUUCGCUCACAGUUUCUGCAGGUAUUUGGCGGGUAGAUAAGUUGUGUGACAACCUCCUAUUCAAGUCCAGUUUCUAGGAGACUAAGCUCCUCCUCUUCUUUCACAGUUUCUGCAGGUAUUUGGCGGUAGAUAAGUUGUAUGACAGACUCCAAUUCAAGUUCAGUUUCUAGGAGACAAAGCUCCUCCUCUUCUCUCACAGUUUCUGCAGGUAUUUGGGGGUAGAUAAGUUGAAUGACAGACUCCAAUUCAAGUUCAGUUUCUAGGAGACUAAGCUCCUCCUCUUCUCUCACAGUUUCUGCAGGUAUUUGGGGGUAGAUAAGUUGUAUGACAGUCUCCAAUUCAAGUCCACCUUUGCAAUGAAUUGGUUAGCCUCAUCCCUUGUCUGGGUAUUUACUGCAGCAUAAACCUAUGGAUUCAACUGAUUCUAUGCCUGCCAGUUAGAAGAGGCAAGGGCUUUUCAUUUCUUCACACAUUGAGAAACCGUACGCUUGUGACAUUUGUGGAUACACUGGAUAAAAGUUUGAAAAUAUACAGACAGAUGCCAAUUCAAGUCCACCUUUGCAAUGAGUUAUUUCUCCCUAUCCUUGUCCAGUUAUUUGCCGCAGCAUAUUCCUCUGUAUUGAAAUCCUUGAUUCCAGUUUAGCUGCCAAUACCUGCCACUCAGGAAAAUGUAAUAGCAAUUCUGUGUCUUUCACAAAUUGAGAUACCAUUUGCUUGUGACACUUGUGGUUAACAUUUGAGAAAAAAAUAUUGAGACUUCAUAGACAGUCUUGAAGUACAAAUUCCUUUGGAAGAGAAAAUAAUAGAACAUGAACCUGUGAGUCCGUUUCCUUACUUGCUUCGUGUCCGGAAAGAAGUGUGACUUGUCGUCAAGCAGCCUGUGCCCAUGAAUAAGGCAACAUCUUCUCUGUGAACCUUCUUACCGCGUGAGUAUCCAUGCAUUGUCAUUGUUCAGGCGUCCCUCCUUUGCAGGGUGACAGGUCUUAAACCCUCUUGACCACUUGCAACCCUGAUUGUAUCUUCAUGAAUAGUUCAGUCCUCCAUGUCAGGUGGCUUUGAAAUUAGUUCAGCUGCCUUAUAUUGUCAGUCAGAAAUAGACAACAACAAUUCCUUUUCUUCACACCUUGAGAAACCAUUUGUUUGUGAAAUUUGUGGGUAAAUGUUUGAGAGAAUAUAUUUGAAACUUCAAGGACAAACUUGAAAAAGUAUCCAGCAGAUAAGUUAUAUGAAGGUCGCUUUGUUACGAGUUGGUCAACCUCAUCAAGUUGUCCAGGUGUUUGUGGCAGCAUCAACCUCUGGAUUAGAGCCUUCGAAUACAGUUUAGCUUUUUUAUAUGCCUGCCAGUCAGAAAGAGACAAGAACAAUUCUUUUUGCUGCACACCUUGAGAAACCAUUUAAAAUUUGUGGUAAAAUGUUUGAGAAUAUCUUUGAAACAUCAAGGACAUUUGAAGAGCAUCCAUGCAGAAAAGCCCAGAAAGUUUACAUGAGCAUUUCCUGUACUGUUUUGAAUAUGUCAUUUUCUGUCACAGAAUUCAAGUCCAGCUUCUCGAAGAUGUUUGGGUAUCGUAAUUGGACGUCAAAGUUCAGAUUGUGUAGGUUUUCAUUUUUUGCCGUGCAAGGUGAAUUUGAAAAUUGUGCCGUCUUUUCCUACAUGAAUAUGGAAAAUACAUUUUUUGCCCUUCUUAUUCUUAACACAUUGAAUAGGCUUUCCUUUAUAGCUACCUGCUCAACAGCACUUGUUCAACAGAGAUUGUCACAGUUGAAGCACUUUUUCUCAUACUAAACCUCAAAUUCAGCCUCAGUGAAAGCUUCAUGCACACCAAGAUGUGUAACUUGUCUCAAAGAGUUCACCUCUUGGAAAAGGCAGCCUGUGCCUAUGAAUUUAGGCAAUAUUCCUCUUUGCACCAUCUUAAACGUGUGGGUAUCCAUGCGUUGUCAUUGUUUAGGCGUGCCUCCUAUGCAAGGUAACAAGCUACUUGACGCCCAGAAUUGGUUAACCCAUCUGUCCUCAGUUCAGUUGCUUGUCAGUGUCAGUUUGAAAGAGGCAAGGGCUAUUCUAUUUCUUCACACUUUGAGAAACCAUUUGUUAGUGAAAUUUGUGGGUUAAUGUUUGAGACUUCCAACGACAGUCUUAAAGAGCGUUGCAGACAGCCUGUGCCAGUAAAUAUAGGCAGUAUCUCGUCUGUUAACCUUCUUGUCUUCACUGGUAUCCAUGCAUUGUCAUUGUUGAGGCGUGCCUCACAUGCAGGGUAACAAGUCUUAAUUACUCUUGACCACUUGACGCCCUGAUUUGAUCAUCAUGGAUAGUCAUGUCCUCCAUACCCGGCCAGGAGAGCGUUCUCUUGUUGAAUGAAUCUGUCUCCCGUGUGAAACUGACCCAUGGGGCUCCCGUGAUGGCCGAACUCCUGGUGACCUGCUGGCUGUUGAAGCGCCGGCCAAACCCCGGCCUGUGUUGCGAGUUGAGACCUGCCCGAUGUCGAUGUUACCGCUGGACCGCCGACGGAUUGUACAACCUCUGGAUGGGCAGGCUGAACAUUAACACUGGCCACGGCAGGCCGACCUCGAGUGGCUCUUGUUGCCAUCCGGGAUUUCCUACCCCGAGCAGACCGACCUCCCCGGCCCCGCUGAAUUCCUCCGCUGGUGGUGUGCGUUGAGUCAAGACGGGCCGGGCGAUGCACCUGUUGUUUUGGCCGUGGCAUCUUGCCUAUGCGCGGGCCCUGGUCGCAUGUACUCCACUUUCAAGCUCAAGCCGAAAUGAUCAAAACUGCCGCGAAAAGUACACACAGGUGGCGAAGAAAACUUUUCCCAAAGCAAGUAGCGGUUCCGAAUUUAAUUCCCACGAGUGUUUCCGAAGUGCAUGUAUAAUCCACAAGGAACCGCGUUAUAAGAGCAAACUGAAAAAACAAUGUUGACUCUGUGGUCAGCUGAACCAAAGUGAAGGUUUGCCGCCCAAAUUCCUGUACCAGGAAUCUCAGCUAUAUGCGCCUGUGCUGUCCAUUGGUCAGCAGAUGCUGUCUGUUGGUCAGCAGAUCGGAAUGCAAGUUCCUGGAGCCUAUGCAAAUCAAGGGCACCAGGCCUUUGGGCUGUAGCCCAUCUGUGUGGUUACUGAGAAUAAUGCAUUUUAUUGUGUAUGCAAUAAAAUGAAGUAACAUGUUUCCAUCGAAAUUCCUUAUUGAAGACAUGUAUUUUGGCAUUGAAGCACAGUUGAUAUAUUUUGAAUCACUGUCUUUUUAACUUCAGUACCCGGUAUGCCUUCUUUGGAAAUUUCCUGUUUAAGUAUUCUGCUGACUUGUCCAUGCCAGGAAAAACACCUUUAUUGGGUGCUACGGUGGUACUGAUACGUAGCAGGGAAUCCUGGUCUUCGUUCCAAAUAUGAACAAUAGCAGGUUGUAGGAAUUUGGAAAAUGGGUUAACAUAAAAACAAAAAAAGUUACUUAACAGGAUCUGACCUGAACAAAAAAAUAAUAAUCAUGAAAUAUAGAAAUAGAAUGCUCUUUAAAUCGGAGCAGAGCCAGUAGAAGAUCAAGUAGAAAUAAUCAUUAACGUUACUGCAGUAAUCUUAAAAGCAAAAUCCGUCGGCUAAUCUUUGUUGAUGGAUGAAAAAUGUGGCAUAGGAAAUCAUGCCAACAUUUAUCGAUGCAGACUCCUGACAUUAAUAUGGCAGAUGAUGUCGGGUAUGGCCACAUGAUUGGAUCUUGCAUGACUGUACAUGUAUCAAUUGUACCAUUGUCCCAGCAUAAGGGCGAGAAAAUUUCUUUCUACUUGGCCCUGCACAUUUGGGACGAGUAGAGAACAGCUCCGUCAAACUGCUUUGGAAGACAAGCCACUUCUGUGCCUGUUAUGCAUGGCUGCUGCGUCCGCUCAAUGGUACUUUCUUUCCAAGCAUUUGGGUAAACAACUCGUGGCAGGAGUUUUGAAAAGAAUAUAACAUGCUUAUGCUUUGUGUCGCACUCACAUAACCUUGACAAACUGACAACCCAGGCGGGUAAUUUAUCCACAUUUUCCAGAAUUGCAGGGGACGUUAAGCAGCCUAGGGAAGACCUCAAGACACAAGGGCUGAUUUUAUUGUGAAAAUAAGCAACCUUAACACCACAAUAUUCUAUCACCAUCAGAAGAUUUAAACACUGUUUAAUUUUUUUUUAAAUGUGUAGGUCCCAUGGCUUUUGCCCGGAACUGUGGUUAGGAAAACAAGACAUCUCUUCAUUUGAAUAAGUGAUUUUUUUUAUUGCCAGUUGUUUAACUCACUUGGUGUUAACCGUUUUAAAAAUAAAUAAAUAUUAACAUGUAAAUUUAAA